CCCUGUGCCCCGCCGGUGCCAGGCGAUGCCGGGAUGCCAGUGCCCGCUUGCCCACAGCGCCCUGCCCUGAGCCCGGAGCCCGGCUGUGCCAUGGAGGAUCCGGCUGGUGCCGUGACCGAGCCGUGGGCCGAGGGGCUCCACAACACCAACAACAAUGCGGCCCCGGGGGGGUGGCCGGGUGCCCGCAGCGGGCACCCUCUGGCACCUUUCGGGGGUCCUGGGGCCAAGCCCAGCUACCUGGACCGCGUGGUGCUGGAGAUUGUGGAGUCGGAGCGCACCUACGCCCGUGACCUGCGCAGCAUCGUGGAGGGUUACCUGGGCAAGAUCAUCGACGCGGAGGAGCCGGUGUUGCGGCCGGAGCAGGUCAGCGCGCUCUUCGGGAACAUCGAGGACAUCUACGAGCUCAGCAGCACCCUCCUGCAGAACCUGGAGAGCUGUGCCAGUGACCCCGUGGCCGUGGCCGUGUGCUUUGUCACCCGGAGCCAGGAAUUCACCAUCUACACCCAGUACUGCAACAACUACCCCAGCUCCGUGGCAGCACUGGCCGAGUGCAUGAGGAGCAAGGUCCAGGCGCGGUUCCUGCGGGAAUGCCAGGAGCGGCUGCGGCAUGCACUGCCCCUUGGGGCCUACCUGCUCAAGCCCGUCCAGAGGAUCCUCAAGUACCACCUGCUGCUCCAGGAGAUCGCCCGGCACUUCGAGCACAAGGCGGGGGACGACUACGAGCUGGUGCUGGAGGCCAUUGACACCAUGACCUGCGUCGCCUGGUACAUCAACGACAUGAAGCGCAAGCACGAGCACGCCAUCCGCCAGCAGGAGAUCCAGUCGCUGCUGCUGGGCUGGAAGGGGCCGGACCUGACGAGCUACGGGGAGCUGGUGCUGGAGGGCACGUUCCGGGCGCAGCGGGUGCGCCACGACCGUGCCCUCUUCCUCUUCGACAAGGCCCUGCUCAUCACCAAGCGCCGCGGGGACCACUACGUGUACAAGAGCCACAUCCCGUGCUCCUCGCUGAUGCUGAUCGAGAGCACGAGGGACUCGCUGUGCUUCAGCCUGGCGCACUACAAGCACGGCAAGCAGCAGCACAGCCUGCAGGCCAAGAGUGUGGAGGAGAAGCGCAUGUGGACCCACCACAUCAAGCGGCUCAUCCUGGAGAACCACCACGCCACCAUCCCCCAGAAGGCUAAGGAAGCCAUCCUGGAGAUGGACCUGUUCUACCCCCCGCGCCUGCCCCGCUGCAGCCCUGAGCGCCUGAAGAAGAGCUGGUCCUGCCAGCCCCUGGGUGACACUGCCACCGAGCCACUCCAGGGACGCCGGCAGUCCGAGCCCUUCCAGCACCAGGAGCACAUGGAGACACUCCUGGAACGGCUGCAGGGACACGGGGGGCGCAGGCAGUCGGGUGCGAAUGGCAGCAAGGCUCGGGGAUCUCGGGGUGCUGACAAGUUUGGGGACACAGGGGUGAUGCCGCUGUCACCUCACCUCCCCACAGAGCCCGCCAAGCACAACCUGUGGCACCUGGGCGAGCAAGGGCUGAAGCAUUCUGGCAGCGAUGGGGCACUCCUGGAAGGGGGGGAGCCCUCCCAGUACCCCAGAGCCUGGGCAGCAGCUGAGGGCAUGGUGGAGGAGGAAGAGGAGGAGGAGGGAGAGGAGGCUUUGGGCAAGGACUUCCAGGAAGAGCUGCCUGAGGCUGGGAAUCUGCUGGUGGAGCCCCAGGAAGAGCAGGCCGGGGGACACCCACGGGUGCUGGAGGGACCCAAACGGCCGAGCAGCUGGGGGCCGGGGAGCUGUGAGAAGGUCAGUGCAGCCUUGCAGCCCCCACCUGGGGGUCCCCAGGGACCCAGCACCCACUCACCCGCUGGCAGCGCCACAGAGCACCGUGAGGUGCCAGAGGCACCCAAAUCCCCAUCCCCGGCGGGGCCCCCGGCGCAGCCCAGCGGGGACAGGGAGCCAGAGCGCGCUGCAGAGGAUUUGCAGGUGCUUAGCAGCGAGGAGGAGGAGGAGGAGGAAGGAGAGGAGGAAAGAGCUGCCAGCAUCCUGCCGCCCUCGGUGCUGGACCAGGCCAGCGUCAUCGCCGAGCGGUUCGGCGGCGGCAGCAGCCUGUCCCGGCGGAGCAGCCUGGCACUGGAGGGGCCGCUGGGACGCGCCCCCAGCCACGGCGGCAGCACCCUCAGCCUGGACGGGGGCCCCCCGCUCGAGUCCGGGGAGCCCGGGGGCUCCUGCAGCACCAUCCCCUCGCCCGAGCCCUUCGCCAGAGCCCGCCGGGAAUCGCUGCUCUCCAACCGGGACCGCCUGCUCCUCGACAAGAUCAAGAGCUACUACGGCCACGCCGAGCACCGCGACGCCGGUUUCGGGGUGCGCCGCCGCGAGAGCCUCUCCUUCAUCCCCAAGGGGCUGGUGCGCAGCUCCGUGUCCCGCCUCAACGGGCUCCCGCGGCCCCCCGGGAGCCCCGAGCCCCCCGCGCAGCCCGAGGCGCCGGAGCCGUGCCAGGAGAACGGGGUGCAGCCCUCCGAGCCGCUGCUCAUCCUGGAGGAGGAUGAUGUGGGCGCCGGGGGGUCACCCCCGGGGCCUCCCCCCCAGCUGCUGCUGACCCCCCCUCACCUGGGCACCAAGGUGUACCAGCUGGCACGGCAGUACAGCCUCCGCAUCAAGAGCCGCCGCGCCGGCGCCCGCCGGCCCCCGCUGCCGAGGGAGGACGGGAACCCCGCUCCCAGCACGCCCUCACCGGCUGCGCCGCGGGACGGAGGAGGGCUGGCGGUGCCCCCGGCCCCGUGUGCCCCCCGCAGCCCCUCGAGCCCCGUGGGUGCCGAGCCCUUCGCCUGGCCCGACGUGCGGGAGCUCCGUGCCCGUUUCGGCGCCCCCCGGCCCCCGCCCGUGAGCCGCAGCCGCUCGGCGCCCGAGGGUCCCGUUCGGGGCGGGCGCCCCGUCGGGAAGGAGCGCGGCGGCGGCCGGAGCCGGAGCGCCGAGGCCAGCGGGGGAUCCGACAGCCCAAGCCCGGCGCCGGCGAGGCACAGCAGCGACGGGGCGCUGUGGGUGGCGGCAGAAGCUCCCCUGGGCCCCGGGCAGCGGGUGCUGGUGCUGGAGCGGCUGCCGGAGCCCCCCACGUACGUGCAGAUCCGCUCGCCCACCACCCGCGAGAAGAUCUGCCUGAAGGCGGUGGUGGAGCGCUGCAAAGCCUACCAGGCUUCCGAGGAGUACCGGCGGCGCUGCCCCGACACCCCCAAGCCCCCCCGCCACGGCCUCGUCAGGGACCUCCGGCAGAAGUUUCAGAGCCUCGACGCUGCCAGCUAGGAGGGGGGACGGGGAGAAGGGGCAUUCUGUGGACCCCCGGGGGAAGGAGCACCCCAUGGACCCUCAGGGGAAGGAGCACUCUAUGGACCUCCAACUUACCUGGAAGAAAGGGCACCCCAUGGCCCCCCAUGUUCUUUGGGAGAAGGAGCACCCUGGGGACCCCCAACUGGCCCAGGAGAAGGGGCACCCCAUGGAUACCCCCAGCCCUUCUGGAAGAAGGAGCACCUCAUGGACAGCGAGCGUGUCCAAGAGAAAGAGUAUCCCAUGGACCCCCAACGUACCUGGAAGAAGGGGCACCCCACGGACAGCGAACUUGUCCAGGAGAAGGAGAAUCCCAUGGACCCCCAACCCACCUGGAAGAAGGGGCACUCUGUGGACCCCCCAAUCCACCUGGCAGAAAGAGCACCCUGGGGACCCCCAAUCUACCUGGAAAAAGGGGCAGCCCAUGAACCUUCCCCCGUGCCCAGGACCAGUGCCCCCCCCAUGUCCCCUCAGUGCCCCCCAGGCCCCUCCCCCGGCGCCCAGCACUGCACCCGGCUCGCUUUCAUAUCUUUAUUAGAAAAAAAAAACCCAAACUGAACCCAAAGUUCCUCUCUGGUCGCCUGCCCCCCCCCCCCCCCCGAGGUGUCUUGGCCCGGCCGCGGGGUGCAGGGGGGGUCCCCCCACCCCGGCUGGGGGGGGCACGGGGCGGGGGGUGCUGGAGAGGGGCCCCCAUGGGCCGACGCUCUUUGGUUGGUGCCCGCGGGGGCCGGGGGGUGUCCCCCCUCUGCACCCACGUGCUGCGGGGGGGGUGUGUGUUUAUGGCUUUGGGGGGCACCCGCGCACCCCCCCGUGUGGGUGCUGGGUGGGGGUCCAUGCACACCCGUG